AUGGUCCCAGACAUUCAUUUCUUCAGAAGAGACAGUGUUUGGUGGGAAAGAACUAAGAGCUACUCCUUAAGAGUGACCAAAUGUAAUGGCAUGCAAAAUGAGGAAGGAUCAAGUAUCCAGAGGUGGCCUUUUUUCUAGCCCCUCUUAAGAAAAUCACAAUCUCCCUUGGAGAAGUAUUGCCUCAGAGUCAUCCCACCCAUGAGCUGCAUCAAUAUAUUUAGCCUCAUGUCUGGUGGAAGUUCAUUGAUGGAUACGCCACAAAGAAACAGAAUAACGACAGAAGUCUUGGAAUCAGAAAGGAUGGCCUAUGCUUUGACACGCAUGGAAGACUUGGAAAUGUGCCUAAAAGAAGCAGAAGAAAAGGCUAAGACGUUAACAGAGCAGCUUGCAGUGUCUGAAGGAAUGAAGUCAAAGUUACUUGAGCAAGUGUCCUGGCUAGAGGAACAACUGGAGGCAGCUGACAAUAGGGAAGCAAGGGGGGAACCAUAUGAAGAAAUCAUGCAUGCCAAAAACCAGUGCAUAAAGAAAUUACAAGCUGAAGUUAAAGCUUCACAGGAACAACUUGCCGCUCAUAAACUUAAGCACAAAAGGAAAAUGAAAAAACUACAGACUGAUUUGGCAACAGCUAAGCAGGAGGCUGCCAUCACAGAGCUGGAACUCAAUGAGAAGAUAAAGAGUUUAUAUGAAGGAAAGCCAACCCCUAGAGAUGGAUGGCAGCCUUGGAAGACAAGCGAGGCAGAAGAAAACUCUCUGGAAGAGUCCUGUGGAGGCCUUCCACCUGUAGAAGAAGGAGACAGAAGAAUCAGUCUGAUUAUGGAGUUGUCUACACAAGUUUCACUACAGACAGAGAAGAUCAAUCAGCUAGAAGAAGUGUUGGAGGAAAAAGAAAAGAAGAUCCUGCAGCUGGAAGCAGAGCGAGAGUCUCCAAUGGUCAAAAUGGAGAGCCUUCCAGAGUAUUUAUCAGGAGCACCAAGUGCUUGUCAUAAUGGCAAUACUGCUGUGGACAUCGAUGACAAUUUGUAA